GGAUGGGCCAGCACGAACGAAAAACCACCUCUACUGUACACAUCGCCUCGGUUUCCGUGUCUGCAUUCUGUGCGUAGAUACACACAAGCGAGGGCGAGCUGGCGCUAUCGUGUUGCCCUUAUUCCCAGUAGAGGAUCUUCGCGUGUGACUAAAUAAGUCACCAGAGUCACAUUAAUUUCGUGGACGGCGGCAACCACACUGCCGCUGGUGGCACGCAGUAGCGAACGUCGAGCCAAUACCUGCAACAUCGCGAUAGGGCGAACUCGACAAGUGGAAGGAAUUCAAUGACGCCUGCCGCGGUCUACUGGACACAUUAAAGGCGAACAACAACGCACUGAUCGGAACUGCGAGUGAUUUCACAAGCACCUCCAGUAAACGCACCCGCGUUGGUCUUCGGCACAAGAGCGCGUGGAAAUAAACACGAGUGCCUUUGUUCACGGCGUUCCUGAACAGAGAUAGAAGCAUCGUUAGCUGUAAGUGUAAGAUAAUGUUAUAGUAUAGAGGAUAUACAAGCUAUAGAUUGGCACGUGUUAGGAGAUACGGACGACUGUGCACGCAGCGACGCAGGGCGAGCGGGACGGACAGAAUCAACAUGGCGUUGAAUGCCGCUCUCACCGGCUCACAACACUAUGAUCCGCACAAGAGGCUAGGUCAAAACCAGAAAUACCAACCGGCUGUGCAUCCCAUGGCUGUAGAGUCAAGAGAUGACAGAUACACGGACGACGCGACGGUUGAACGGGGAGGGUUGGGUCGCUCUCCAGUGAGCGUCACAUGUCCGCACUGUAAAUCGAACAUUACGACCGUGACGACGUUAGAGAACGGCAAGGCCGUCUGGAUAGCUGCCGUCGCAUUGACACUUAUAUGUUGCUGUUGCAUUCCGUUCUGCAUAGACGAUCUGAAAGAUGCUGUGCAUAGUUGUCCCAGUUGCAAGGAGCGGAUUGGAACGCACAAGAAGAUUUAGAACGAAUCUGUUAGUACUCUGAGAAAAGUUGCAAGCAAGGUUGUCCUUUGAUGCUUUAAUGAAAGCCAUUGUUGUCUGUGUCUCACACCCGUUCGCACAGUGAUCAUGCCAUAGUUCGAUACAUAAUUGAUGCUCCGGCAUGUCGCUACACGUAUACUAUAUGUGUUUAAAUUGUAUUUCGAAUAGCGACAUACUUGAUUAACGCAUAUUGAAAUGCAUCGUGGGGUUUUCACAGAACAUGCUUGUCUCUCUCUCUCUUUUUCUCUUUCUCUCUCGCCCCUCUUUCUUUCUAACGUUUUGUCUAUAAAAUGUGAAGUGCGAAUACAGUUUUCAAACCCGAACUAAUGCUAAUCAACCCACAUUACUUGCUAGCAUACAGUGCUAAACAAGUGGUGCCCCCGGACGCCCCGUCCUUGUGCAAAUCGAAGGUUUGAGUUAAUAUAUGCAGCGGCACGCUCCCCCUACUGGCAAUUUAAACAAAACAGGGAAUAGCAUAUGGGAAUUACCUGGGAAUUCGACCAAUCUGAAUUCGUGGGCAACAGUGACUGACUUGACACAGCGUUUGCUGGUAAGCAUGUCAUGGUAGCAUCGUUGAAAAAUUUUGGGAUUUCAAAGCGCACGAAAAACGAUAAUAAAACUUAAAUAACCCUAAUUACCUCAAUGACUACGCCCCCCGCAUGCCACUCACGAUGUUUACUCGGUGACGUCGCCCUCCCAAAUCCCAUUGGUUGAUACAAAUCACGUGCCUCAAACUCCUCAAUGACUCAGUGUUGUCAUAUUGAAGGCACAUCCAUAAUACACAAACCCGAUAAUCCUCAAUAGCCGAACGCUUAGAGCUCAGCCGUCAUGGCUGAAAUGUCAUUGGAUCGAAUCCCUGCGCCUACAGUUUUUAGACGAGCGGCUGCGGCCUGCAUGCCUACAGUCUACACAAACUGCAUGCGCAUGAUUUGAAAGUAGUAAAUCGGCGCAAUACGCGCACUAUUUCGUAUCACUAUUUUAUCCUAUAUUUUUCAU